AUGGACGAUGAAGCGACCGCGGUGCAACCAAUUGAGCAACAUACGCCUCAAGCGGAACCAGGUGAUCAGCCUUUGCAUCCAAAUUUCAACCACUCAUGCAAGUGGUUUAUGGCGUUGUUGGCCGAGAGCAAGUUGAGAAUUAAGGCUAUGUCUCCAGUGGGGCAAAGAGCACUCUUAGACCUGGGCGACCUCGCGGAAGUUAUGGGGGUCGGACCCGAAGAAGCCAUGAGAAUUCUGGAGGAGCUGGAGGGCGGCUGGGACAACAAUAGUGAGGAGGAUGACAAGGCUGCGGAGUCUGGCAGGGCAGAAGGUGGAAAAUCGAAGGUCACCAAGGAUGAGCAGGAUAUCAAUGACAAGACCGCCCAAGAGGCCGGAGGUGCACAAGAUGGAAAACAAAAGGUGGUGGAUGGAACACAGGAGGGGCAAAGUCUGCCCACCUCAAAAUCCUAG